CUUAUGCAGCCAACUAAAACAUUCAAUAGUACACAGAGGAACCCGGAAAGGAACACAACUUGUCAAGAUGCCAAAUGUUAUUGGGAACCCAGACAAAGGAGUGUUUACUCCUGGCAGACCACCACAAAUACCUGAACCAGUAAUGAGGUUGAAUCCUGCAUCGGAUCCAAGAAAGAUGAGAAGGAUCAUUGCUGAGGAUCCUGAAUGGUCCCUUGCCAUUAUCCCUCUUUUAAAAGACCUCUGCUUGCAACAUAUUGUUAAGAAUUUUGAAAACAACCCAAUUCUGAAUGAACUUCUUCCCAGUCACAAAGCUAAAGUGCUUGAAAAACUAUCCACCAAACUCCCUCUAAAAGUUACAGCCAACCUGAUCAGUCAUGAAGGAUACUGGAAUAGGUGUUGCACAGAGCGCUGGGGAGUCUGUGAUGUGGCCUGUUAUGGGAAUAGCUGGAAGAGAAUGUUCUUUGAACGUCACUUGGAGAAAAUCAUUGAGCUCUUCAUCCCUGAAGUGACUGACAUCAAAACAGUCCUGGAUGUUGUUCCUCUCUGCAAGAACUAUGUGAAAAAACUGAACAUAUCUCAGCUGCUACCUCCAGUAAAAGAACCACAAAUGAAUGAGGAUGAUAAUGCUUCAGACACCGCAAGUGAUCCUGGCCAUGAAGGUCCCUCAAUUGACCACUUUGACUUUUGGACUCUCUUGGACAAACUAACUCAUCUGGAGGAGCUGCACUUGGUUUAUGGGGUCAGUGGAUGUGGGAUGAACUUUGAAUGGAACCUCUUUGAAUUCACCUCUCGGGAUUGUCAGUCCCUGGCCAAGGCUUUAAAGUCUUGCAAAACAUUAAAGGUCUUCCGGAUACAUCAAAGUAAAGUUGAUGACGAAAAAGUGAGGUUACUUAUCAACAGUUUGUUGGAUCAUCCAUUCUUGACAGUGCUUGACCUCUCCCAUAAUCUGAUUGGGGACAGAGGGGCAAGAGCUAUCGGAAAACUGAUCAAUGAAAGAAAAAUGAAGAGUAUCACUGUUUAUGAUAACAAGAUCAGGGCUCAUGGUGCCCAGGCCAUUGCCUAUGCUCUUACCAAAAAUAUAACAUUGACAUCUUUGAACCUCAGGUUGAACCAGAUAGGAGAUGAAGGGGGACAGGCCAUUGCUCAUGCUCUUCUAAAGAAUGCUACCCUUACAAAUAUUCAUAUGGGAAGUAAUGAGCUGACAGAACCCACAGCUACUGUUCUAUCUCAGGUUCUUGUUCAGAAUAAAACACUGAGGAAUAUCAACCUAUCCUGCAACAGACUGGGACUGGAUGGUGGUAAACAGAUUCAAGAAGGCAUGUCUUACAACACGACUGUUGUGGAGUUUGAUGUGCGUCUGACUGAGAUUGGGCAGGAGAGUGAAUACAGCAUCAGCCAGAUCCUCCAAAACAACCAGGAAAAAGCCAGAAAGAAACUGAUCACUGAAUCUGGCGUGAAGAAAUAACACAUUUUGAGUUCAGCAUUUAUGAUGAAGAUUGAUUUAAUAAAUGAAACCUUCCCUGAAAUUUAAGGUAUCCUGAUUUUCAAUGAAACUAUAUAGAAUAGUUGUCAUUUUUAGCUGUAGAUUACACUUUCAAGGUGUCAGUAAAUCUACUGAGAUUUCUUCUGAAAAAAUGUAUUAUAGCUGUUUAAAAUAUUAAAUAAACUGUGUGUCAUAUAUUUAUAAAAAAAAAACCAAAAAACAUUUAGAAGUUAGGAAGAACGUUCUUUGUUUGAGUGUAUGCUUAGGUUAGUACCCUUUAAUAUUAUUAAACUUACCAAGUGUAAAGAGAUACCAUCAUAGUAUCAUCUGCAUUGCAUGUUAACAGCCCCUAAAUGCUAAUAAUCACACUACCCUCACUCUCUAGCAGUUUUAUAUACAAUGUCCUGUUUUUUUUGUUUGUUUUGUUUUUCUCUAAUGUUACAGUAAUGUUAUUAUUGGUUAAUUUGCCAUUGAAAACUUUGAUACACAGAUUUGUUUUGCCAUCUUUGUAAUUUUAUAUACUGUAUGAAACAUGAAAAUGUGAUAUUGUUAAUAUACAUACAGACUAUAUAUAUAGCCUCUCACAGACAGUUUUUAUUACCAGUAUACAACUAAACCUCUAUCAGUACCUUAGGCAAUUUAAAAUGGUUUUACAUAUUACAGUACAAUUACUGUCAGAUAUCAGAAAAUACUGUAAAGAGGUAAUUUACUGUUUAAUGUAUAGAAUAUUUAUGCUAAAAAUCUAUUAUGCCUUGUAAAUACAUUACCCAAAAAUAAGAUGUCUUCAGCAGGAACAAAAACAACGACAAAAAUACAAACCACAGGGGUGCAUGUAAAUUUUGGCACCAUCACAUUGAAUAUUGUUCAGUACCAUUUUUAUCAGCCACCAUUCCACAAACCAAUUUUUGGGGUAAAAAUGUGGAUAUAUAUAUGGUACCAUAGUACUGCAAGGGAUUAACAGUAUGUAUUGGUUUAUACUAUUGUGUCAAUAUCUGUGAUACUCCUACUACCAUUGAAGAGCAUUUUGGUAAUGGACAAAGCACUUUUACAAUAGUUCCAUGCAAUACAAUUAAUUUGACAUAAAAACAUGGCUCUUUCAUAGUGUGGCAGAGUAGGGGGAGGAAAGAUGUGUCCUUGGUAUGGCUGGGUGUGCCGCGCACAAGGGGGAGGAUAUGUGGUAUAAAGGCAGAUUUAAAAUAUGUUUGUGGCUGUCUGUGUGAAGGCUAAGACUGAAACCUGUGUGGUUCGACCUGUGUUGGGAAAUAGAAAGGUACUUUGUAUAAUAUGUGUACUUUGUGUACAAGCAUUUUGGUAAUUGGUAAGCGGAUUAUAGUUUAGGUUGUAUUUAAAAGUUUAGUUAGCACUCCAAAGAAGGAGUGCACAGAAAAGCAUUAAAAAUACAGUUCUUGUAUCUGGGUCAACUAUUUAACGGCACAAUAGCCACAGGCUUUCUUGUAUUAUUAUUUAUUUCUUAGCAGACAUCCUUAUCCAGGGCGACUUACAAUUGUUACAAGAUAUCACAUUAUUUUUACAUACAAUUACAUUAUUUUUUACACAGUACACAUUGUAGACUUUUGUGUGACGUCUCUCUAAUCUGAACAUUUUUGUUCGAGUUGAACAUUUUUAGCGUGGUGUCAGACAAUCAUUUGCUGAUGGAUUUAAGCAACAAUGAAGGAGAGCUUUAAACUUUUGCUUUUUACAGUCAUUAUAGUUUUGGAUAAUGUGAUCUUAUUUGGAUUUACUUGUGUAUUCUUUUCAAUUGAACAAUUUGUUUUUUACUAGUCAUAAUAAUCUCCCUUCCUGUAAUUUAAGUUAUAUUUUCUUAUAUCUGGGAGACAGUGUUAUUUUUUCUUGUAAUUGGUGUUCAAGUGAACCCUAUUUUAAGAAAACAAACAUGAUGUUGCAACAGCAAGAACUUUCUUCAUCCCAAAACUCAAAUGCUGACUUUGUAACUUAAAUUCGAAAAACAUACCAUUCAAAGGAUACAGCAAUGAGCAUGAUAGUGAUGGGAGUCAUAGCUUUUGUUAUUUAUAGUAUAAUGGCUGGCGCUUUCUUUUUUUUUACUGUCCAAAAUGUAAUCAGCUACUUCCAUAAAUCUCUUCAACAGUUUUGCUUUUUUCCUCUUCAACAUUUUCUUAAACAAAUUAACAUGAUGGUGCAUGUUCAAGUCUCAUUUUGGACUAAUGACCAUUUUUGUUUGAAUCAAGUUUUAUACCUUUGUCACAGGCGGUUCUGGCAUGUCCAAUAAGAAUGUAGAGAUGGGAGCCCAACUAACAAGAUUUAAGUUUUUGCAGGUGUCAGGCUUUGAAAGAGUGUCACCCACACCUGUGAGCAGAAACUGACUCCCUGAGAGCAGAUACUGACUCAAGACUGUCACAGCUACUGGAAGCAGGCUGAUCUUUGGGAUACAAAUUGAACAUUUGUGAAACAGCAACAAAUAUUGUAAUGACUAUAAUGUGUUUUAAAGUAUAUACAACCAUUAGAAAAUAUUAUUAACAGAUCUGUGUAAGGCCUGUGAGAAAGAGUUCAUUCCAUUGAAGGUCAGACUGGCCAGAUUAUAGUAAGAAAAAACAAAAGUAUUUAAAUAAAUAAGAAACCUAAUAUAAUACCAUUAAGUAAAUGUAUUCACAGCCCUAAGUUUUAAUAUUCAAGGUUGCAUUUGCUGCUAAGCAGGUGCCUAAUUAAAAAUUAGCUUCUUGCCUUCUGUGUAUAUCAAUGAAGUAAAAUAGAAUUGCAGUUUAUAAGAGAUUGCUAUAUUGACAUAUCUGAAUUAGAACAUGUUGUAAAAUCAUUUAAAGUAUAAACUGUAACUUUACAUAUUCAGUGAACCGAUUUGUAACCUCGUCCUUACCUGCCUGUAGUAAAAUCAGUGUUAAAAAUGACUCAUUGGUUUUGGCCAAUGUAGCUGGGAUUUUUUGAUGGUCAGCGAUGUAAAAGCCAAGUCCUCUGUAUAAUGAGCGAUCUCGUUAAUAUUAACGAACGAAAUACCUUUCGGAUAACAGAAGAUAGGAGUUUAUAUUACUGUAAAUAUGUAUAUGUAUUUCACAAAAAUUAAUUAGAACCUGGCAGAAAUCAACCCUAAAAUUGGCAAAAAGCAGAGGUUGUCUUAAAACCUGCUUUAACUGGAUUUGUAUGAACAGAGAAGAAGGUCAGACUUAGUUCAGUCACUAUAACACUAUGGCAUUCUAAUAUAUUAAUGAUAGCCUGUAUUUAGAUAUAAAUAACUAGUCCUUCCUUUAAAAGCUUAAAAAAUGUAUCAAUGGAGUAAAAUAAUAUUACAAUUUAUAGGAGCAACUGUUAUACUGAACUAACUUAAUUAGAAAUACAUCUUAUAAUGCCAUUUAAAGUUAAACUGUUGAAAGCACAUUUAUUAUAACUGAAGCCUGGUGUCGACAAUAUUGCAAACAUAUUGUUAAGACACGUGCGAUAAUGUUCAUUUAAUUUAAUCAAUUUAAGAAUUAGUUCAGUUUCUCCAACUAAACAAAAGGUCUUUUAGACAUUACAAUAUCAAUUAAAUUAAAGAAUAUAAAUGUUUAGUUCAUAUAAAGGUUUUACUGCAGUAAUAAACAGAGGUAUUUAUUUACAGGAAAACUAUAGAGUUUAAAAGUGAAAUAAUUAAAUGUUUAUCUCAGACACCCAGUAUGAUCCUGGAAGGGUAUUAGACCUUCAAAAGAUAAGGCUUAGUCUUUGGCACCUCAAAGCAGGAUUUGUUGUUGGCUCUUAAAAGUGGGAUUUGCCAACUUUGAAUGAUAACCAACGGAAGGUGCUUCAAGAAAGACAUGAGUAUGUAUCUCAUUAUAUUAUAAGAAAAUAAUGAGAGCUUAGUUAU